AUGGCCCAACCUGAUAACACUACUGAAACCCCUAUGGAUAAAUCUAACGUCAAUGUGUCUACUAUAUCUCCUGAAAAAUCGAAAGAUAAAGAGGAGUCUGAUGGGAUGCCUGGUGGUCUGGAUGAUAAAGAAGGAAACUCCAUCGAUAAAAAUGAUCAAUCUACUAACAUAGUGAAUAUAGAGGAUCUGGACUCUAUUCAUGUGCCCAUUGUUCAAAGACCGGCUCCAGGAAUAGCUAAAAGGUUGAAGAACAAAAAAGGUCAAGCUAUUGAAUCCUCUAGCACACCCUCUAAAUCUCUCAGGAGAAGAACUAGUGUUGUCCCUACAAAAAGACAGAGCAAGGUUAUUACUCCUGUCUCCCAGAAGAAAUCACUUAAGAGGAAGGAAAUUCCUUCUGAGUCUAGUGAAUCUGACCAUGAUGUUGAACACAAUGUUCAGGACAUCAUUUCUACUGCCAGAAAGCAAGCUUCUGGGAAGAAGAUUCCGACAAAUAUUCCUGAAGUUCAAAUUGACAACAUUUCCUUUCACUCUAUGGAGAAUGAAUGUGAUAACAAGAGGAGUAAGGAGUUUAGAAAAGUGUAUGUUAGAGGAAGAUGUGUGUAUUUUUCUCCUAAAAUCAUAAGUAGGUUUUUGGGAAGAAAUGAAGAAGAACAAGCUGAAGUGGAAGUCUCUGAAAAUGUUAUUUGCAGAGAGAUUACUGCUAAACAAGUAAAGGAAUGGCCAAGUAAAGGGAAGUUGUCAGCAAGCGAUUUGAGUGUGAAGUAUGAUGUUCUUCACAAAAUUGGAGUUGCUAAUUAG